ACUUUGUGACAUUAAUGUUUCACUUGAAUGUGAGACAUUUGCUCCGAAUCAGCGGAUCUGUUCACUUAUGGAUAUGUCUUAUCCAACGAUGGGACUGACCUCUUGUAUCAUCUGGUUUCUCUAUGCGUCAGUGUGUGGGAGCUGGCCGCUGUCCGACUCAGAGCCAGUAAUGUACGGGGAGGUCCAGUCCCCACAGUAUCCACAGCCUUAUCCUCCAAACCUGCAGGAGCAGUGGGACCUCAGUGUUCCUGAGGGUUACCAGAUUCAGCUGACGUUCACACACCUGGACAUCGAAGCUUCUGCAGGCUGCUAUUACGACUCACUCACAGUUCUCUACAAUGAUAAGCUCCUGGGAAAGUUCUGUGGCAAUAAGGACUCUGCUGAUGGGCAUCACCCUAGAAACCAGUCCAUCUUGUCACCUGGCAACAAACUCACCCUCAUAUUCCAAUCAGAUGAAAACAACCCGGAGCGCCACCAGAACGUGGGCUUUUCCGCUCAGUAUCAGGCAAUAGACAUGGAUGAAUGUUCUGCACCACAAUCUGGAGUUGGCUCAGGUCCACUCUGCUCUCAGAUCUGCCUCAACACGCUUGGCUCAUAUCUCUGCUCCUGCCACCACGGCUAUGAACUUCGCUCAGACCAGCGCACCUGUGUUUUAUCCUGUGGUGGUGGCAUAUUUGAUGAACCAGAGGGACAUCUGUUCAGUCCAGGUUACCCAAAUGCCCCGCCUCAUGCUGUGUCCUGUCAGUACAUUAUAUCUGUAGAAUCUGGCUUGACUGUUUCUCUUAACUUCACUGACAACUUCCACAUUGAGAGUGUAGACACUCAGGACGGUCCAAACUGUUUCCAUCACUGGUUGCAGGUCACCAUCGCUGACAGAGAGCCUGUGAAGCUGUGUGGUGGAAAGAGCCCAGGACUCAUAGCCACAAACUCAAACACUGUCAAGCUGGACUACCACCUUGAUGAUCAAGGGCUGAGCAAGGGAUGGAGCCUGGACUACAGCACUCAGAGAGUGAAGUGUCCACUUCCUGGUAACGUGGCUAAAGGCAAGGUCACCCCUAAACUGGAUGAAUAUUUCUACAGUGACUACAUCUCUGUACGCUGUGACCAAGGAUACAAGCUGAUGAUGGAGGGUCAGGAGAUUGAGAGUUUCUUUGCCAUGUGCCAAAGCAACGGACAGUGGCACCUCCCUCUGCCUGAAUGCCACGUAACUGAUUGUGGAGAACCUGAAGCUUUGCUGAAUGGUUUCCUGUCUGGAUUUCAGAAUCAGUAUCGUUCUGUUGUUCAGUAUCACUGUAAUGAACCGUUUUAUUCUCUCCUUGGUGGCACAAAUGUUAGCUUCAUCUGUGAAGCGGACAGAAAGUGGAGAUCCAUCAAUAACAUUAUUACCAGUCCAACAUGCAUACCAGUUUGUGGGCGGCCAACAAAACACAUCUCUGCCUAUCAGAGGAUCAUUGGAGGCAAUGAGGCUCCAGAAGAUACUAUUCCAUGGCAAGUGCUAUUGAAUGAAGGAAUACAGAGGGGAGGAGGCUUUGUGAUCGCAGACCGCUGGAUUAUGACAGCAGCUCACUUAGUAAGACACCCAGGAGGUCACGAAGGAAAUACAACGCUAAUUAAAGAAAGUAGUGAACUACUGGGUAACAUACAUAAGAUAACGAAUAAACUGCAGUAUGUGCGCCUCCCAGUGGUGGACCAGGAGAUUUGCAGAAAUUCAAUCAAUUCGGCGAAGAUAUCAAGGGACGGAGUGCCAGAUCUGACAAGCAACAUGUUCUGUGCUGGAAUCCCUGACGUUACGAAGGACUCUUGCCAGGGUGACAGUGGAGGCCCCUUCACCUUCAGUGAAAAUGGACAAUUCUGGGUUGCUGGGAUUGUCAGCUGGGGCAUUGAAUGUGGGCUGUCUGAAACAUAUGGAGUCUAUACCAAAGUCAGUAACUACCGGGACUGGAUCAACAAGACCAUGCAGGAGAAUUGAAAAUAAGUACAUCUGAAGAUGCUGACAUAACAAUAAAAUUCUGUAGCUAAUGCAUAGCUAAUGUAGUUUGAGGGACUUCGACAAAAUCACAUACAGCUUCGUUUCUAUCAUCUGGUAAACUUGAUCCAGGGUUUUUACCUUCAGUUUCCAUGUUUCAUAGUGUUUUUUCUUUUCAUUCAUUUCUAUUUUGAUUCAAUGUUUUCAGAGUCUAAUAUAAAUGCAGAGCUUUUUAUUACAUGAUGCAGUGUCAUGUCUGCAAAUGAUGUAUUUACACAUGGGUUUUAUAAGACUGACAAAGCAAUUAAUACCUAUAUACAGAAUUACCAUACCAAAAAACAAAAAACAACGCAAUAGUAUAUGGUAGCAUAAAUUUGGGUAAAACUGAA